AUGAGUGCCGCAGAUGAUGCGACUUUGGGGAAUUCAUUGAAACAUGGUGCGGCUCCCUGCUUUGCCGCCGGUACACCGCACACACUAAGCGUGUCUGAGCUCCGUACCGCAAUACAACAGCAACUGAAGAAAAAUGGUGCCCUGAAGACCCUCAAAACACAUGUCCGUGGCAUGUUGCUCACAGAACUUAUGCGUCAGGAAAAGCGUCAUAGGACAAUGGCUGCGCAGCAGCGUGCGCCGUCUGAUCGAGACGGCGUGAUAUCCCCUGAGACCUUUGAAAGGCUCCGUCGAAAUGAGAAAUGCGAGCUUACCCUUGGCGAAUUGCCACAGCAACCGGACCACAGUCUCCCUUCUUCCCCCACGCCUUUUACUGCCUGGGCGGGCUGCUUAGCCGAUACACUGAUCGAAGAACACUUACGUAGCACACGUCGUAAUAUGUCUUUGUCAAUCUUCUCCACAGAAGUUGAGGUGCCACCUCUAAGCGAUACCGGAUCGCCGUCUGAUGAGCGAGAACGUCUUGAGCAACUUUUGUUCCUAUCUAACUCUCCCUCUAAAAAUAAUGAAGGAGAAUCUCUAGAGGAUGAUGGUAUCCCACGCGUUAGUGUACUACAGCGGUUGGUGAUGCAACGCAUCGCGGCGGUCAAUCCCCAAUCCCCUUACCAUCGUCUGGAGUGCAGCACGCAGACGGAAGACGACUUGAUGGCUCCUUCUUCGGGUGAAACCUCAACCUCGUUGGAAUGCCGCCUGGCUGCCGUCGACGCCAAAUACGCAUUGGCUUUUUCUCGUCUAGGCCGUAGUAACGAUUCAGCUUUUUUCACUCGAGCUGAAGUCGAGCGCCGUUUGAAUUCGUACAAGAGCGACGUCCACGAACAGUUGCGGAGGGAAUACCAGCAUAAGCACAAGCUCUUCGAAGAAAGCAAACUGCGGGAGGCCAAAGAAACACUUGAGGCGCGGUAUCAACUGAUGAUCCAGAAUAAAAAUGAAGAGCUCCGUGAGAUGGAGCGAUCUCUGUUGGUCAAGUAUGAACAGGAACGGCAGCGGCUCCAGCGCACUCGUGAAGAUAUCGAGCGGCAGCGCCUUGAUCUUGAGCGACGUCAGAAAGAAAUGCGUACCAUUGUCAAUGAUUACGAGGAGCAGCUAACUGAGCAGGAUGCGGUGCAGAGGGAGCUGCGCGAGAAACUACGUGUAGCUCAGCUGCAAUCUGCGAAAUGGGAGGAGCUUAGUGGUUCGCGGUUGAUGGAAGUAGAGGCGGGUCGAAGCCGAGAGCAGCGCCGUGUAGAUGACUUGCGCCGCAUGCAGGCCGAUCAUGCCGCUGAAUUGCGGUUAAAAGACGAAGAGCUCUCACGUCUCCGGUUUCGUAUGCGCAUGCUGGUAAACCGUGCGAGCGAUCGGGGCACGAGAGGCGAUCCCAGAGACGACGAAAAGGCGCCGAACGCCGUCCAGGAUGAUCUUUACGGCAUGCUCGUACGAACCGAAGAGCUUCAGAGGAAUGCCCUGCAGCAGCAGCAAACGUGGAUGGUACAAGCCUCACGAGAACAACAGCGGCUUGAGGAGCAGUGGGGCACGACUGCCGCGGCUGGCCCCUCGCGAGGGGAUCGCCGGGAGACCCCGGUCGCCACCCCACCUCCACCCGCCGUGGCGAAUGUGAUUUCGGAGGGAAAAACUCCAGGAGAUGUGGCUGGGGCGCCGCCGUCAACUCCAUCCCCUCAGAGAACCGACGCCCCGCACGAAUUGGCGACGGCUGUGCGUGAGUCGGCCGGCGGAGACGGGUCUCGAUCGUCGUCCACCACCUCCGCUUCCGAGGCGUCUGCGAGGAACCCGUCCUCCGGAUCGAUCUCGCGGGAAACCGUUGAAGAAAACCAAGGUGGCAAUAUCGAGAUUCAACCCCCAAUCCGCGGCCGGGUUUCCGCUGGGGGUUCGUCUACCUCAUCGAAGCCAUCAAGUCCUACUUCAGACACCUCUGGAUCGCCUACACAGAUCAAAAAGGAGAGCCUAGAAGACUCCAACGUAUCCAAUGCAUGGAACAACGCUGCUAACUCGGAAGAGGCCAGUAAGCAAUCUGCGGUGCUUCAGCAAAUCCUAGAAGAGGAAGAAACUUCUCGAAAGGAUAUUCAAGGGGACGAGGAUAGCGCACAUAAAGGCAUUGGGUGGGCAGAGAAGUCUCAGCGAGCAGUGAUCGAGGCUCGUCUGCAGGAAAAACGAGAACUAGAGAAGGUGAAUAGCGGUGGUGAAUUACGUGGUAUAGGGUCUAUCAUGAGUCGACUCGCAACCCAGCAGGAACCAAUGGUGGAGGCAGACAUCAUUUUUCGCGACUCCUCCGAUGACGACGAUUCCGUACUAUUCAAUAAGAAUGAUUCCACAGGCUCAUCGUUUUGA